CAGACCCAUCAUCAUCAACGUCGUGGCAGCAACAGGUAAAAAUGGAACGAGCGCCACGCUGGGGCAUCGUCGACGAUUAAAUAUCUUCCAUGAACUCUUAAUUAGGUCCUUUACCACAGAAAAGCCCUAAUAAACCUCCGUCUUGCAUUUCUUCAACGCACCUGAGGAUUUGUUCCAUCAUUCUCAACAUCUCGUCCUGCUAAAUCGGCUCCAAAAAGAUGAAGACGGGUUCAUCUCGGAGGAGUGCCGGUGGUCACAACCACUCGAGUGGUGCCAAUGAAGCCGCGAACAGCGUAGUGCCUCAUCCCGUCGGGCCACCCUUGGUGCACGGCGGACCAGGCCCUGAAUGCGCGGGAUGCCAGAAGCCCAUCCGGGAGAGGUUCUUGCUCAAAGCCCUUGACCAGCUGUGGCACGAGGACUGCUUGAAGUGUGCAUGCUGCGACUGCAGACUCGGCGAAGUCGGUUCCACGCUCUUCACUAAGGCUAACCUUAUUCUGUGCAAACGAGACUACCUCAGGUUAUUCGGAACAACGGGGCUGUGCUCGGCAUGCAAUAAGACCAUACCGGCUUUUGAAAUGGUGAUGCGGGCCCGAGGAAACGUCUAUCAUCUGGAAUGCUUCGCAUGUCAACAGUGCAACCACAGGUUCUGCGUUGGCGACCGUUUCUACCUCCACGAGAACAAGAUCCUGUGCGAGUACGACUACGAGGAGCGAAUGAUCUUCGCUAACAUGCCGUACUUCAGCAUCAACAACUCUGGUGUCCCGAACGGCAGUCCAGCACCGCCGCCGCCAGGGCAUCCCCCACCCCCGCACCCGUUGCAGCCGGUACAGAAACGGCUUCAACCAGGGCACCUCCCACCCCCGGGCGGUGCCUCCGCUAGCAUGGUUGCCAAUAAUCACCACGGAAGUGAUGUGGAACACCCGCCUCAUCCCGCUGUAGCCCUAUCUGGACCUUACAGUGCUCAGCAAGACACGUCCGCUCUUGAAGCCAAGUAGGACGCUUCUUGCGGUCCGUACGGAGACACACCAGGUCGACGCAUCAUGUGCAGUGUAUUCGUCGACGAACCUUUCCUGUUGAAUUCGAAAGCUCUACAACCUGGUUUUGGGGUACAUGAGCUACGUCAUUUAGUGGGACGGUUACGUCACAGGUUCGCUACAUCGUUCUUGUUGGACAUGACAUAGCGUCGAUUUGACUUACUUCAGAUGGGCUACACAACUUCAACCACACUGCUUGAAGGACAUUGCUGGACACUAGGGACAUAUUCGCUCACUUUAUAAAUAGCUCGUGCGCCAUAUUCCUGAGCUGCAUGCGCAUGUACAUGAACCACCACAAAAUCCAUGAACGCAAAAAUGUCACUCAUACUGCACUGUUAAGUAGAGUUAGACACCCAAAUGCAGAUAUCAUAUAUUUAAGCGUUUUCUCCAACUCAAUUACAGUCGACUUGGGUUGCACCAUAUUUUUAUUUAUUAUGUGGUCUUAUUCCUUCAAAGAAAAUUCUGCACGAUCAUUAUCACAUCAUGUUCGCCACAGCAGCGAUGCUCUGUUAUCCUCCAUGUCGCUCCAUUGAUGCAUUGGUGUACUGAGCAUUAUCAAAUGUGGUAACGUUGCAAAAUCAAGUGGAGGACCGUACUCAUCAAGAGGGUGAGUACAUCACGUACGACCUCCCAUAGGAACACCGGAUCGCUGGCAGACCGAAGACGUCAUACCUUCUUGAACAUUCUACCAUUCUGCGUUCUACCUUCUGUAUCAUGUUGAAUGAUAAUUAGACAUAACAUUGUCCCUAUACACUUUCAAGCAGUUAUUUCGAAAAAUAGUUCUCUGUAGUGCUGAUUUCACGAAAAAGCUGUUCUUGUUUUCAUCAUUAAAAAUUGGUGCAUUCAGAUAGAAAAGAAACCUGGUGUACCGGUCUAACA